GUCGCGGGUGCCCGAGGAACCGGGCAGCGCUUUAGAGUGACCCCUCGGCGCUGCUGCGCUGUCGCUGCGGGUCACGCCGGCUCGGGGCUCUCCCUACGCGAAAAGGGAGCGGGGCUACAGGGACAAGAUGAUUGAAACACUUGUAACUACUGAAGCCCAGGAACUGCUGUAUCAGCUCACAGCCCUGUUGGAACAGGAGUUAAGAUGUCAGCCAAAGGCCUCUGGCCUGAGGCUGAUUGAAUCUGCUCAUGAUAAUGGCCUCCGAAUGACUGCAAGGCUGCGAGACUUUGAAGUGAAAGAUCUUCUCAGCUUAACUCAAUUCUUUGGCUUCCAUACAGAGACAUUUUCACUAGCUGUGAAUUUCUUAGAUAGAUUCUUGUCAAAAAUGAAGGUACAGCCUAAACACUUGGGCUGCGUUGGACUUGGCUGCUUCUACUUGGCUGUGAAGGCAUCAGAAGAAGAGCGAAAUGUUCCCUUAGCCACUGACUUAAUUCGAAUAAGCCAGUAUAGGUUCACUGUUUCUGAUAUGAUGAGAAUGGAGAAAAUCAUAUUGGAGAAGCUGUCUUCGAAAGUUAAAGCUACAACAGCCUUCCAGUUUCUACAACUGUAUCAUUCACUCAUUCAUGAGAAUUUAAGCUGUGAAAGGAGAAAAUACCUUAAUUUUGAGAGACUUGAGACCCAGCUUAAGGCAUGUCACUGCAGAAUCAUGUUUUCUAAAGCCAAGCCUUCUGUCUUGGCACUGUCUAUUAUGGCACUAGAAAUAGAAGAACAAAAAUUAAUGGAGUUGACAGAGGCAUUGGAAUUUCUGCAGUUGCAUUCCAAGAUAAACAACAGAGAUUUGACCUUCUGGAAGGAACUGGUAUUGAAGUGCCUUACAGAAUAUUCCUCGAGCAAGUGUUCCAAACCAAAUGUCCAGAAAUUAAAAUGGAUUGUGUCUGGACGUACAGCACGGCAGCUUAAACAUAGCUACUACAGAAUAACACACCUUCCUACAAUUCCAGAGACCAGCUCAUAAUAGGAGUACAAUAAAAUGAAGAGAGAACCAUCCUGUGACCUUGUCAACAGACACGUGAAUAUUUGAGAAACAAAGUCUGAAACAUGAUCUUAAUGAAGAACUCAGCUCAUGGAAAGGAUACGUAAUAUUUCAGACUGAAGAUCCUUCCAGCAAUUAUGUUCUUUCCAUGAUGAUUACAACAAUAUUCGGUGUCAGUUUUCAGUCUUAUUUGUUAGACUGUUUACUGUUCAGUGAAAUACCACAAUACCAAUAGAAGGAAUUUUAACACCCUAUAGUUUGUAGAGCAGCUUGUGUAGUCUAACCUUGGUUUAUUAUAACUGCAGGUGCUGAAUUAUAUAUUUAAUUUUAAAAAUCUGGUUCACUUUCCAAAGAUUAUGUGAAACUACGAAAACAUCAUGUGCAGCAGAGAACAGUGCUGCAGUGUCUCC